GCGGGUUGUACUUCCGGUGUCAGAAAUCAGCGCGCUGGAUUUGACUGAGCCUUCGGCUUUUCCGUCAACACUACACACUUCAUAAAGUCACUGGCCUAAAGAUAUUUCUCUCAAACUUGGCAGCGUCGAUACUGUAAGUUUUCUGCCAAUGGAGGGUGACGAAAUGGAAGAAGUAAUCAAACAGAACAUCAGUGUGGAGGUCCUCGUUAAAUCCCACAGCACAGCUAAACUGUCUGAUCUGAGGGUUCAUGUUCAGGCUCUGCUGAAUCGCCACAGCAUGGUCUUUGGAAACUACAGAUGGACAGAGUUCGAUGAUGAUUUCCUUCAAAAACAUGUUGAGUUCAUCGCUGUGGUUGAUCUUGAAGAAAUAAGUGCGCCGCCCCUUGAUUUGAAGAGCUGCUCAGUCUCUGUUUACAUCUACACUCUGAAUGCGGACGGACCCAGCAUGCUCACUUUGGAGGAGGAUGAGGAGCUUUCAGCAGCCAAUCACUGGCUGCUCCCAGCAGCUGAAUUUCAUGGGAUUUGGGACAGUCUGGUUUACGAUACUGGUGUUAAAACACAGCUGCUGGAUUAUGUCACAACAACAAUUUACUUCUCCGACAAAAAUGUCGACAGUAACCUGGUUUCUUGGAACCGCGUCGUGCUGCUUCACGGACCCCCGGGCACCGGCAAAACCUCGCUGUGCAAAGCUCUCGCCCAGAAACUGUCAAUCAGGCUGUCGAGUCGGUAUUCUUACGGACAGUUUGUGGAGAUCAACAGCCACAGUUUGUUCUCAAAGUGGUUCUCCGAGAGCGGGAAGCUGGUCACGAGGAUGUUUCAGAAAAUCCAACAGUUCAUCGACGACAAAGACAGCCUGGUGUUUGUGCUGAUCGAUGAGGUGGAGAGUCUAACGGCAGCUAGAAAUGCCUGCCAGGCUGGAACGGAGCCGUCCGACGCCAUUCGGGUGGUCAACGCCGUCCUCACCCAGCUGGACCAGAUCAAACGAUAUUCCAACGUGGUGAUCCUGACGACCUCCAACGUGACGGAGAAGAUCGACCUGGCCUUUGUGGACCGAGCGGACAUCAAGCAGUACAUCGGACCUCCGUCUGAGAAGGGCAUAUAUAACAUCUACCUCUCUUCGCUCGAGGAGCUGAUGAAGUGCCAGAUCAUCUUCCCGCGGCAGCAACUGUUCACCAUCAACGACCUGGAGUCCAUCAGCUUUGCGGAGAGCGAGAUGUCCAAACACAGCCUGAAGCUGAGGAACAUCGCUCUAAAAAGCAAAGGUUUGAGUGGAAGAGCGCUCAGGAAAUUGCCAUUUCUCGCCCAUGCACUCUUUGUAAAGACUCCGACAGUCACUCUGGAGAGGUUUCUGGAGGCGAUGAGCCUCGCCGUGGAUAAACAGAAGGAGGAGAAAGGUAACCUGGUCAACAGUGUCUGAACUGAUUACAGAGCCCAAAGGCUUGUUUGUAAGCUGGCAGUCCGACGCCUUACAGCUGAAUUUUGUUCAUUUGGAAGCAGCAACGUCAACUUCAUAAAUACAAAGAUUGUUUUAACAAAUAUUAUCUGUAACUUACAACUCUUGAUUCAGGUGAUUUUGUUGGUGCCGAGGUCUUAAAAGACCCACAUGAAGUUUUCAGUGCUUGAAUUUCCAGUGUAUUAACUCUGUUUACUCUGUUCUCACUUCCAAAGUGUUUGAUAUUUUUAUAUAACAUGCAGCUUUAACCUGCCAGUCGGUUUUCCUUUUCUCAUUAAGAAGCAGCCAUAAUUUUCUAAGUUCUUUGUUUUGUCACUUACAUUGUUGUAGCAUCUUUUCAUGGACCCGAUCUCAGUCAGUCGGGGUUUCAGUUUGUCGCUUUACUGAGCUGAAUCAGCUGCUAGUAUGACGACUCUGAAGCUCCAAACUGGAUGGUGUUUAUAAGAGGUUAACAUGUUUUGAUUGCUCUGAGUUUUAAGUGUUCUUGUCAACUGUCGUUGCUCUGUUUCUAUCUGAAAAGCUCUAAACUGUGCGUAUAUUUAAACAUGAUGUUUUUAUGUUAAAACACACACUUUACCCUUAACCUGCAUUUUGUUCAGACAUUGUUCUUGUAUGUUUUUUUCAAAGGGACCUUCUGUUUCUGUCAUCACUUUUAUACUAUUCUCAGUUUUUCUAUUAUCUUUCUGUAAUAACGUGUUCAGCAGAUCUUUGUUGGUAACAUUUCAAUAAACAGAGUUUGUU